AUGGAACAAAUAGUAAGGAAAGAAACAAAAGAAAAUAUGGAAGAGAGCGUUUCAGAAGCAGAUAACCUCUUACGUAACAAAGAUAAAACAGAAGAAGAAGCAGAGGAAGAGAAGGCAGCUAAUUAUGGUGGGAUUUUGAACAAUCUGAUAUCCAACUUGAUGGGUGCAACAACAACAGUAGACGACAAAUCUGGUGACAACAUUCAGAAAUCUGAAGAUGGAGAUGAGAAGAAGAAAGAGAGUUCAGCUGCAGGAAUUCUAGAAAAUAUUAUUUCUCAUUUGCCAGACGAUAUAGCAGUUCCAACGACAGAGGAAGCAUCCAUCCUGAUCCACUCUGUGAUUGACUGA